UUUUCAGAAGCGUAAAAAUAUUAUUAUUGAAGUGUCAUAGAUUCCCCGUAAUCACAUUUUGUGAGGUUCUCGGUUUCAACGGCAGCGAAGUUGGAGUGGACGUUGCAGAUUCACCCAUAUGGCACUAAGAACUCUCAGUCUGGUAUCGGCUGUCCGAUGCGACGGCGUUCCUCACCGGAGUUCAAACUCUUUGCCCCAUUUAUCUAUCUCAAAGCCAUCUUGGGUGGUCAGAACUGAGUCAAAUGUUCGGAAAACACAAAGAAGAAUGCCAGAUUCACCUUGUGAAGUCUGCAAAGGGAGUGGAAGAGUUGAUUGCCACCAUUGUCAAGGAAGAGGCAGAACAAACUGUGUUCAACUAAUAAUGCUUCCUAAAGGGGAAUGGCCAAAAUGGUGCAGGACUUGUGGUGGAAGUGGCCUCAGCUACUGCUCCCGAUGCCUUGGGACUGGAGAGUACAGGGACAUAAUGGGCUUCCAUUUCAUGAAGAGAGGCACUGAUCAGUCCCCAGAUCACAAAAAUUCCCAGGUUUGUGAUAACCCAAGGCCUCAUAGUACAGCUGAUUUACUUAUAAAUGAAGAACAAAGGAAAUAACAAAUUUUAUUUCAAACCAUGAAAUGGUAUUUUAUAGUCUGAGUAGCAAAUUUAGCUGUACAUCAUGGGAAGAAUGGAAAUUUUUUAACUUAACAUCAUCAAAAACAAACUAGCAUGUCACAGAAUGGUUAAGCCUCUCCCUAGAAUGGCAUUUUCUUGUGGAUUUUCUGUUUUUGUUCAAGGAGCCAUGAUCAGGGUGAAAUCUUGUGUUUGCUUGUUGGAAAUGAUAAUGGUUAUUGGCUUAUAAUUAUUUUGAUUUUCUACUUA